AUGGUAUUGGUCAUGGCGUCUCAGAACUUCUUCCAGCCUCUGUCUUCCUGGAUGUCUCAGGUUUAUGAAGCUCUCCAGCAAGCAAGUGACACAUUCUCUGCUUUGUUCAUGAACUUAAGCAAGCAAGAUUCUAAGAAACUGAAUGAUCAGGACUUGGAUGAUAUUCAGAGCCGGAAACCUUACGUUGAAGAUGAAGAACAAGGCAAUGAUUGGAGUCAAGGGGACAGAAAUCCCUUGUUUCUUGAAGUGGAUCAUUUCUCGUGUUUUAAUAGUGAUUUGCAGGAUUCCGCGCAAAGUUCAAGUCUCAGUACUGACCAGCAUGCGAUGGACUCACAUUCUGUAGUGUCCCAGUGGCCCAAUCAGACCCUUGAUGACCAGAGGCUGCAACAUGUGCUCUCUCCUAUUGCCGAGGAAGAACAUCACCUUGCAGAGUCAAGCAGUGGCCUUCAACAUGGCUUUGACAGUCAGCUUGCUGGUACUUUAGAAAAUGUUAAUGGAAAAAAGCAAGUGAACAGCUUUGGGGAUGAUGAGGAGCUGUCCACAUCGUCUGGCAGUGACGAGGAGGUGAUCAAGCAAUUUGAGAUCUCUGUGUCACGCUCGCAGAGUUUCCGUUCUGGAGGACCACCCGAGAGAAGAAAGCAGACAGGUUCGGAGCAGAAACCCAAAUUCAGCCGCGUGCUCGCGAACCAGGAAGAGGAUAGCACUGACGUGUCGGCAUGCGAAGAUUUGGAUGGGACCAGCCAACAGAGUUAUCCUGAGAAUCUGUCUUAUGGCGAAGAUGACCCCGUCCCUGCCCACUCACAGUCCACAGGUGAGAGAGGGCGUGUCAGACACCAUGGGACGUCUCAUCAGGAGACCUGUGCAAAUCGGAGCCUCUGGCGCCAGUCCACAGAGGGCAGCUUGGAGGCAGAGAGAGCAUUCCAUAACCGAGGCUUUGAAGACUCCUCAGCGUGGGGUCCCCAGGGACAGGAUGAAACCCACUGGCAGGGGCCACCUGUGGCCCUGCAUCCCAUCUCAAAGUGUGGUGACCUUGACGUCAUCUUCGAAUAUAAAGCUUCCAGCCAGAAACUCACAGUGACCAUUGUGAGAGCCCAGGGCCUCCCGGACAAGGACCGAAGCGGGGUCAACUCCUGGCAAGUUCACAUAGUGCUCCUGCCCAGUAAGAAGCAGAGGGGCCGGACGAGCAUACAGAGAGGGCCCAACCCCGUCUUCAAGGAGAAGGUCACCUUCUCCAAACUUGAGCCCCGAGAGGUGGCUGCCUGCGCUGUGCGCUUCCGCCUGUACGCAGCCCGCAGGGUCACCCGCGAAAGAAUGAUGGCCGAGAAGCUCUUCUAUCUUCGCCACCUGCACCCCAAAGGGGAAAUGAACGUGGCCCUGGUCCUGGCGCCCAGAAGUAAUAUCAGUAGUGGAGAGGCUCAGCUCAGCCCAUCUGCAGUUUCUCACAGUGACAGUGCUUCUUCUACGCAGUCCUUGUCCCAUGGAGGGCCGCCAGAGCUACUGGUGGGGCUGUCUUACAACGCUACAACGGGGCGAUUAUCCGUGGAAAUCAUCAAAGGCAGCCAUUUCCGAAACCUCGCUGUGAACAGAGCACCUGCUACAUAUGGCAAGCUCUUUCUGCUCAAUUCUGUGGGCCAGGAGAUGUCCCGCUGCAAGACGUCCGUUCGACGUGGCCAGCCCAGUCCUGUCUAUCAGGAGACCUUUAUUUUCCAGGUGACCCUCUUCCAGCUCUCUGAUGUUACAUUGAUGAUUUCGGUUUACAACAGGCGUACUAUGAAGCGUAAAGAGAUGAUUGGCUGGAUUGCUCUGGGGCAAAACAGCAGUGGCGAAGAGGAGCAAGACCAUUGGGAGGAAAUGAAGGAAACCAAAGGGCAGCAAAUCAGCAGAUGGCACACCCUGCUGGAGUCCUAGUUUCGCAACAGGCGUCUU